AUGGAGGAAGACGAGAAGGGAGGCAUGUGGUGGGAAAACAUGUACAACAAUUGCGCCAAGAAGAUAAAUCAGGCCGGCAGUAAGACGGUCUCCCUCCCCGCGAGCGAAGAAAAACCGGAAGGGAAAAAAAAUGAAAAUAUAAAAUACUCCAUUUUUGUUAAAAAGAGCGACACGUCCAUAAAUUCAGGAGGGGACAAGUGCGUGUCGCCCAACGGGGAUGACCAUCCGUCUACCCGUGAGAGCGCUUUUGAGAAGGAGAAGAAGACGGAGGGGGGAGGAAAUAAUCCCAAUGGAGGCGAAACAGACGGUCAGAUAAAACCCAGCGGGGCUGACCCCAACUGGAAAGUAAAAACCGGCAACGCGCUAAUCAGUAAGGUGGCGAUAAUCAGCAAGGUGACGAAUAGGUCCAAAAAGAAGAAGAAGAAGAAAUGGAAGAAGCGAAAUGAGUGGGGGAAGUGCAGUGCGAAGUGGAAGGCCCCCGCGGGGUGCACCUCCGCACAGGGGUGA